CGGUGAGGAGCGGAGCGCUGAUCUGAGCGCAGGGGAGCGGCUUCACUGUGACCCCGAUCUCCGAGGGAGGAAAAGCGACCGCUGGUUGGAGCGCAUCGGAUCGGACAGACAGAGCAGACGGUGACGACGUCAUUUAUUUCCAAGACAGACCGUCUUUUCUUGACGGUCAGACAGACAGCAACAGUUGUCACGAUGUCUGAGAUCAGAUGAGGCGAGAGCGGCGGAGUGAACAUUGCGGCGCUGCUGUGAUCCGGGCCAGGCGGGAUAAACGUGUUGCUGCCGCGUCCCGCCUGCAAUGAUACAGCCGUCUUAACCACCUGGGACAGCGAGGGGAGUGCGGUGUGUGCAUCUGGUUUAGUCGUGCUGGGAUUUUAGCGUCAUUCAGCUCACCAGCCAACCCCCCCGGUUGUGUCGAGGUUGUGUCUGCGGGUGAGGUGAAUCCAGACGUCAGGGCUGGCUCAUGUUCCGCUCAGCAGGGAAACGGGCUGUUGCGUCUGCAGAGAGCCAGAGCUGACGAGCCUGCUGAGACACGCGGAUAGACAGGCAGGCAGGCAGGCCGAUAGACAGACAGGAGCGAGGGGAGGGGGGCGACAGCCUGUUUGGGCUCUCUCGACCCUUUGCGGAUCGAGCCGAGCCCCCUCCUGUUUCCACCUAGAACUCCCACCAAUUUCUCUCCCGCUUUGGAUGGGGGGAAAGCAGAGUACGGCAGGGCGGCCCCGGGGUGCUUUUCCCGGUGUCUCUUCGGAUGACAGCGCGGUGCCACCCUCGGCCCAUUUUGGUCACUACCGGCCGAGCGGAACCAUGGGCCUGCGGAGCCGCUCGGUGAGCUCCGUGGCAGGGAUGGGCAUCGAUCACAGUUCCGCCGUGCCCUUCGGCUUCUACACCCCCAGAGGGACAGACUCGGAUCGAGCCGGAGGGGGGUCAGGGGGCACAACCGCGGCCCCCCAUGGAACCGGUUACCAGGACACUGGGGGCGGAGGGCACCACACGGAUGGGGUGCUGUAUUUGGGGUCCCGGGGGUCGCUGGCUGACACCUUGCCCCUGCACAUCACACCCCGCUGGUUCAGCGCGCAUAGCGGAUUCAAGUGUCCUGUCUGCUCCAAAUCUGUGGCAUCCAAUGAGAUGGAGGUUCACUUCAUCAUGUGUCUAAGCAAGCCUCGCCUCUCUUAUAAUGAUGAUGUGUUGGCGAGGGAUGCCGGUGAGUGUGUGAUCUGUCUAGAGGAACUGCAGCAAGGGGACACCAUAGCCAGACUGCCGUGCCUCUGCAUCUACCACAAAAGCUGUAUAGACUCAUGGUUUGAGAUCAAUCGGUCCUGCCCCGAGCACCCCUCUGACUGACUGAACACCUGGCCCAUUCUGAUUACUGUUCAAGGACAUGUUGUGGUCCUGCCAUGGAUAUGUGGACACAGACGCAACCAAAUCAGAUGAAACAAUCAAAGUGAUCAUCACAUAAUAUCCUGACAGAAUCCAUCUUCCUAAGAAAAUUAUACCUUGUGAACCAAAAAGAGUGUGACUGUCAAACCACCAUACAUUAAAGGGCCUCUGCUGAGCUCUUCAUUUUACACCUGCUGAUGAUACCGCUUACAACCCAAACCUUCCCUACCCUCGCACCUCUUCAGAGUCCCUAUAGGGCUUCAUCUGCUCCCCACCUUGACUCAAACAUGGCUAGUUGCCCCCACCCCUCAUGUGCUCAGGUCUUAGCAGGCCUCCCAUCUCGUCUCUGGAUCCAGGCCUGUCUGUCACUCGUGUCCAGCCCUCCCAUGGCCUUAACUGGAGGGGAGGAGAGGAAGCUGAGCAGGAGCAGGAAAGAAGACCACAAGAAGAAGAAAAGGAGAGGAAGAAAUGGGGGUGCAUACACUUGUUUGGAAAAGCAGACUUGAACAUUUUUCAGUGGGCCUCUCAUCUCACUUAACAGGACUCCUCCAACCUGGUGAUGAUCUCUCAUAACAGACUGGCUUCCAGUGUGCUCCUCUCUCAUAGUUCCUGCCUCAGUUCUGCACCCUUCCUAACCUGUAUGAUUCAGAUUAAUUCAAUCAAAUAAGUUCCCACAAGGCUUUUUAGAGCUGGUUUGUGCACACCUGGGCAGGGAGAGAGGGUUGGUUGUGUAUCAGAUCGGGAUGCCAGGUUGUCUUGUAUGGUUUGGUUUGGGGGAAUCUAAAGAUGGACUGGGAUGUGGUGGAGAGGAGCAGAGGGAAGAAAGGGGAGGAAGCAAUGUAGUUUACGCUCUUUCUGUGUAAUGUGUGUGUGUUUGGGAUGCUCCAGUGUCAGUCUGUGCGUGUGUGAUUGGAUUGGUAUCAACAUAGCUUUAGCCUUGUGAGUGUGUGUGUGUUUGAGAUAGCGUGAAAGGUCAUAGUAGAGGGCUGACUGGGACAGUACUGUGUGUGUGUCUGUGUAUAGAAAUGUUUACAGUCUAAAUGUCCACGUUCCCUGUGUGUGCGACUGGCAGUCCUCCCUUUACUUUGCUGAUGUUUACAGCUACCGAGAAGCGAUAUGACUUAUUGUAAAUUUCACAUGUAACCUCUCAGUUUUUUUUCUUUAUCAGAUCUGCCAGAUUUCUCAUGUGAUCAUGAUCAAUCGUAUCUUCAAGAGAGCCUCAAAUGUGAGAAUAAGAAUGAGAAUGAGAGUGACUGCGUGUCUCUGUUUAUAUGACUGUUUGCAUGGAAGGAUUACUGAAUGGGACCAAAGGACCCAAAGAGUCAGGGGGCCCCUGGUGCAAACCCACAGUUUGAAGUGACGUCCAUAUAGCAAAGCAGGUAUUGCUCAGUGAGUCACCCAAUGACAAAUAGAUGCCAAUGUACCUCAAAGAUGCUAAAAAUGAGACAGAAAUUUAACAACCAAGCAUAUUUCAAAUAGCUGCAAAGGGUCUCAAAACAACUAUAAAAGACUUGAAAUGACUCAAACUAACCAGAAAAAAAUGCCUCAAACAAAUGGAGAAUAACCAAAAGUAGACUCUAAACAACUGUAGACUAACAAAUAGACUCAAAACAUGUACAGAGACUCCAAGUGACUCAAAAUAAAAGUAAACUCCUUUAAAGAAGCAAAAAAUGCAACUAAAUUAGACUCAAAGCACCAACAAAAAGUCUUAAAACAACUAAAAAUAAGCUAAUAAGAGCUACAAAAUGACUGAAAACAUCAAUGGAAACUUGUAAAUUAAAACAAAAGAAAAACAAAAGUCAACUUAAUACAAAAAACAGACUCGAAAUGGCUACAAAAUGACUGUAGAUUCAAAACAAUUACAUGGGGAUUUCUAUUUGCUUUAAAGGAAAAAAAUGACUCAGAAAACAUUCAAAACGCCUCAAAUACAGACUGAAAGAACUACAGAAUGAAAACAAACUAGAAGGAGACUUAAAACAAAACAGAAACAAAAUAAAAACAAGCAGAGUCAAAGCAAAGAUGGGUUCAGGCCAAACACAGAAACUUAAAAUGUAUCAAACCAUAAAAAGCUCUCAAAAGCCACUACAAAGACGCUUAAAACAGCUUGACAACGUGAAACCAAAAUAAGCUUCAAAAUAACUACAAACAGUUUUAAAUCACUACUGAGAGAUUUCAGAAAACAACAAAAGAUAUAUAAAGCUAAGAAGUGUGCAAAUGAGCACAAAGAGAUAAACAUAAUGAAAGGCAGGCCGCCUCAAAACAGCCAUCAAGAUGCAUUGUGAUUAGUGCCCAGAGGCCAGUUGGCUCAUAAUCCCUCCAUGACUGUUUGUGCAUGUGUGUUUGCGAUUCAAAAAGGCGCCUCUUGGUCUCUGCUACUGUCGGUUCCCCACAUUGUGUUUCUGCUACAACACGUCUGGCUAUCUGCGACUGAAGACGUGAGCCACUCAGACCCUCAAGAGGACUCUGUAGUUCCACUGUGGAGCCACUGAACGGGGCUUAUUUAUUUGUUUGUUCAUAUUUAACAAUAUUUGUUUAAUAUUCCAAUCAUGUGAGGUGUUACUCACUCUUCAGAAUGCCAAGAGCUGAUGUGUGAAGACUACUAUGAAUCAACAUUCAAACAAACUGCAUUUACAAAGCUACUGUAAACAAAUGGUGGAAUAAAUUGUGCUAGAUGA